UGAAAUUUAAACCUCUUUCUGCCUGUCUGACGGUGGUGAAGGGGUUUUUUUUUUUUUUGCUUUUCAUUGAUGAUGCUGAUUGCUGAGGUCGUUAUUAUUUCGAAAGUCGGGCCGUCUCAUAUGAAUCAGCCGUCUUUCUUAUAUGUACGUUUUCCUCAUUUGGUCUUUGGAAUCUUGGUAUAUUCAUACUGCUUCUACUGUGUUGGGUUCGUUGUUGGAAUAUAGAUAAAACGACUCCUCGUCAACGGCGGCGACAUCUUUUACCAUACAGGGCAAUCAAAAUCGAAUUGGCUUGGAGGUAAACACAUUCUCCUUCCUUCCAUGCUUUUACCAGCAUCGGUUUCUUGGGGUUAACAGGGAAUCAAGGCUAUUUGAAUUGAAGUGCAUAAUGGUGGUGAUAAGCCAUUUAGCAAGUAAUGUUUUUUAUUUAAUGAGAAAUUCGACAAAUAAUCGAAAAUAAGAUGUGUGGCAUGUAUAAAUAAAAUACAAUAAAAAUAACCGAUUUGUUUUAAAGUUGUUAUGCAACAGUUUUGUGUUAACCUCAUCGAUAUUAUCUGCUUAAAAAGGUGAUAAAUGGAUUGGAUGCAUAGAUUUGUAGAUUGGAUUGGUGGGUUCGUAUAUUUGGAUCAAAUGAACAAGUGGAUUAGAUCAAAUGGAGUGGUAGAUGGGAUCAUGGAUCCAAGUGACAUCUAUAUAUUUGACCAACUUGAAAAUUUUAUGUGAAAAAAUGCCAAAAUAAAAAAAUUUAGGGUCCAAAAUAUAAUUUUUCAAUAUAUAAGAACCGUGGUCCGAUAUUUAAAGAAAUUUUAGAAUCAAGGAGUGAACAAACAUUGUAUUUGAUCUAGUUUGGUCCGGUCUAAAUGUCAAUUCGGCCCAUUUUUCUUUAGUGUUCAUAAAUUGUAUGGGUAAAGAUCAGACCACAAUAUAUUUGGUUUGGUAUGGUCCGAUUCACGCCGUACCAAACCAUUGCACACCACUAAAAAUAUGUCACCCCGCUAAAUAUUGGGUGGGUGGACUAUGGUGGACCCAUACUCCACCCUUCUUAACCUCAAAUCGUUAAAUUUCUAACAUAUAGCAUUACCUAAACUAAAAGCCAAAACAUCACAAAAAUUCCCCCCAAUUUUGAUUAAAAAAAUCUUCUCAAAUCUCUCGGUAUCCUUUCUUCCCAAUUUUGAAUGAAUACCUUCUCAAAGAUAUCGUUAUUGAGGAUAAUUGCAAAGUCUAAUUUGUUUUCAUCCUUGAAAAUCUAUAUCAUAUAUUUACUUCCUUCUAUGAAUCCCUGAUAACUUAUCUUGUUUUUAUACUACUUUGGCUUAUUCCAUUGUUCAUUUCGGGAGUGCAUGGUGAGUAAUUGUGGAUAAAGAGUUGGACAUUAAGCAUGAAAUUUCAUCUAUAUCUACCUAUCUUGGAGGUGCGGUUUACAAAUAAUGGUGCUAUUUUUGUAAGUUCUUUGGAGUGGAUGUUAUUUUUGUAAUUUUUUUUAAUAGGUGCUAUUAUUGGAAAAAUCCCCUAUCUAUCUAUACUUAAUAUUAUAGUUAUUCAAAAGUAACUUCUGACCACAUAAGCCUUUGGUGAAUUCACAAGAUGCCAAGGUGGACAAUGUUUAUACAAACAAAAUUUUAUUUAUUGAUCUAUUUAUGGAGCUAUCUCUCUCUUCUUUUAAUAAAUCUACUCAUUUUUACUAAAACUUAAAAUAAGGUACAUUUUUUUGAAAAAUUAAAACAAACAAACACACAUAAGUAAUAAUCUUUUUUCAAAGGUUAAUAUUUCUGUAUGGCCUGAACUUUGAACAAAAGAAACAUCCUGGUCAAUUUUUUCGAUCUAUAACAUCCUCGCCCGAACUAUACAUCAAAAUAAACAAUUUGGCCAUAUUCGAUUUAUUACCGUUAACUUGGACGGUCAAACAUGUUGACUAACGGUAAACGCGUCAUGUCACUGCCAACUCAGCAAAUUUCAAUUAUUUUUUUUAAUUUACACCUAUUUCCAUUUUCUUUCCUUUAUCAUUUUGAAUCCCAUUUUUCUUUCCAUUUUCUUUCCUUUAUCAUUUUCUUUCCUUUAUUUCCAGGCCGAGGGAGAAUUCGGCCUGCGCUCUGCUCCGGCUUUCGCAAUUAGAAGGAACAAGCUCACCAGCGGCGGGUUUCGCUCGAAGAAGGACGUGUCCACCGCGCUCUACUCCCUCCACUCGGUGAAGGAGAACAAAAUCAGAGCCGUACAGGCGAGGAUCAUGAAACCGCUGGUGGAAUUGAUGGCGGAUUUUGGGUCAAACAUGGUGGACAAGGCGGCGUACGUUCUCAGCGUGCUAGUCUCGCUUCCCGAGGUGAGGUCUUCCUUGGUAGAGGAAGCCGGGAUUCCGGUGCAGGUGGAGAUCGUCGAGGUCGGCUCCCAGCGGCAAAAGGAGAUUGCCGUCUCGGUGCUGCUGCAGCUCUGCGAGGACAAUUUGGUUUACAGGGCGAUGGUGGCGCGUGAAGGAGCGAUCUUGCCGCUUGUUGCUCGCUCAGUCCGACACCAAUCGUGGUCGUGGUCGGCACCUAUUUCCAAUUUUUUUGUUUUUUUUUUCCAGUCAAAAUGAUAAAGGAAAGAAAAUGGGAAUAAGUGU